AUGGAGAUUGAUAUCACGUCGGAGCAGGAGGAGUUCGAUCCAGAUCCCACGCUCGUUUUUGAGUAUCAAGCAUCCAUAUUUGCUUACAAGAGAGAGAUGGAGAUAAAACUCCUUCCAGAUCCGGAUUACAUGAGCAGACAAAUCGAUCUGACUUGGCAUUACAGAGUCCAGCUGAUCGAAUGGUUGGUCCAAGUGCAUGGCCGAUUCGACCUUCUGCAGGAGACAAUGCAUCUCUGCAUCAAUUACCUGGAUCGCUUCCUCUCCAAGGUCGUCAUUCCUUUAGAUCAGCUUCAGCUUGCUGGAACGGUGGCCCUGCUUCUCGCGUCCAAGUACGAGGAAAUUCAGUCGCCCGCUAUCGAAGAACUGGUCUACCUGGGCGGAAACGCGUACACUCCAGCUAGAAUUCGACAGGCGGAAAUUGGCAUGCUUCGAGCUUUGAACUACGACAUGGGAGCACCAGGACCGAUGAGCUUUCUGAGAAGGAUCUCUCGUGCAGACAACUACGAUGUGGACAUUCGGACGCUGGCGAAGUACUUUGUCGAUAUCACUCUGUGUGAUCAUCGGUUCAUUGGACUGCCCUCCAGCAUGAUUGCAGCCGUCGGCUACCGCGCCUCAAUGAUGCUGUUAUUCCGGGGAGAAUGGACAAGAGAACACGAGCUUUAUGCGGGAUACACAGAGUUGAUGCUGACAGCUGGGAUCAAUGUCCUCUUGACAAUGCUGGAGGAGCCUGGACAGACACAUAAGGCUCUGUUUACGAAGUACCAGGACGAGGUGUACAUGCGAUCGAGCGAAUACAUUCAGAGUCUUGGUCUUGCUCAAAUUCGCGCUUUCCGCUCCUGA